AGUAAGAAUUAAGAAUGAUUCAUCUACUUGAGGACAAUUCUGAUGGAGAGAAGGAAUAGAGAAGCAAAUCCAGUGAGGUCGACCCACGAACCAUUUGCUUACUGAGGGUGUUGGUUCCAGGCCAGAGGCGAAGAUGGUACAUCUGGUCAGUGCUACCUGAGUACCUGGUCCUCUCAGUAUUCAAGAAAGAACCUGAUAUCAUAUACGCCCUGCAUAUACAAUGACAAGAUUCUAAUCAGAUAAAAACAAUCCAGCAAAAGUACCGCACACAAGGACACGAAGUUGUAAUACCUCAUACGUAACAACUCCAGUAGGAUUGUUAGGAUCGUCAGAGUGACGAAGCACCGCAAUAGAUACAGCUCCUGAAGCUGAGAGAAUACAAUACUCCAGUGGUCGUCCUUGAUGCGUAAACGCCACUAUUUUCGCAGCUAUGUCCUGAGUAUUAAUGGAAAGGUCAUAAGUUUUAACUAAAAUGUUGCCAAGUUCAAGAUUAAAGAUUUGAACCCACGCGGUGGUUGUAGCUGCUGCUGUUGGUUGGGUUCUUUAGAAUCCUCCAUGGAAGAUUAGAGAAAGAAAAGGAGGAAACUUUGUUGGAGAGACUCUGUUUUUGAGGAUAUAGACGCGAGAGAAAGUUGAGGUUUUUAAGUUUUAAGCGAAAGCGUGUGAGCCAAGCUAACAUGAGUUCUUCAGGUAUAUAUAGUGAUACUACUGUGAGAGAGAGACGAUUUGUAAAAAAAUACAAUAUCAAAUAUUUUUUUUGAAUUUAACCAUAUAUUAUUACUAUUUGUAGUUACAUUUAGUAAUUUUUUGUAAAUCUUAUUUAAUUGCAUCAUCCAAGAUUAAUAUAUGGUGUGAAAACAUAUAUAAAGGGGUCUCCGACGUCUCUUUUGUCGAUAAAAGAAUACAAAUUUUGUGUGUGUUUAACCAAACCAAAAGAAAUUUAACCGAACCAACACUAAACCAAAAGAAUUUUUACGUAACCGGAGAAGUUACUGGACCUAUAAAUACAGAUUUUAUCGGUGAGAAUUGACAAAAAAAAAAGAAAGAAAGAGUUAAACCCCUAGCGACGUCGUCUCUCCCUCUCUCUGGCGAGUCAGUUGCGACCCGCCGGAGAAAUCCUCGACGUCUCUGUUUCACGGCGAACCAUGGGGAAGAAUCCGAAGAAGAAGAAGGAGAAGCCAAUCCUUUCCAAAGAGGAGAAGGAUGCUAAGAAGGCGCUCAAGAAGAAGAAUCAGAAAGAGAGGGUGAAGAAGAAGACGGAGAGGAAAGAAGCGAACAGGAGGAAGCGUGUACAGGAAGAAGAAGAAGACGCACAAGCAAGCCCUAGAUCUACUGCGUCUACCUCAAAGAAGAGGAAGAAGAGUAAGCAAGAAGAAACCGAGGAAAGCUCUAUAUCUACUGCCUCUACCUCAAAGAAGAUGAAGAAGAGUAAGCAAGAAGAAACGGAGGAACGCCCUAGAUCUACUGCAUCUACCUCAAAGAAGAAGAAGAGUAACGAAAGCCCUAUCUCAAAGGCUGAGAAGAAGAGGAUAAGAAAGAUCAAGAAACUGAAUAAGUUGAGGAAGCCUCUGAUACUAACCAAGGAAGAACAACGUAGGGUCAAUAGACUGAAGAGUAGGAAAACCAUUGCUUGGUGGGACUAUGAAAAUCUUUCAUAUCCUAAGGUUGGAGCGUUCAAAAUGAUUGAGAAUAAGCUCAGGCGUGAGGGCUAUACUGGUGAGCUUGAGCUCCAUGCCAUUGUGGGGUACAAGGGUGAUGAAGAGCCAACACAGGACAAGACUUUCACUAUGCAUUACGGUGACCUUAAUCCUAGUAGGCCUUUUUUUUUCUAAGCUUUUCGUUUUCCAUUCUCAAUCUUAUAUGUACUUAUGUUUAUGUGUGUUUGGUGCAGGACCAAAGGAGGGGACUAAGGCUGAUCAGAAAGCAGAUGAUCAUAUGAGAGAGCUGAUUCGUAACUUUCUUAAAGAUAAAAAAAGGGCUCCUCAGAACACGCUUCUCAUCACAAAUGACAACGGUUUCAGGGAGUUUAUGGAUCUUCUGAGAGACGCAGGACAUGGUGUAUUGUUAGCGACUACGCAACAGUCUCUGAUUAUCAAAUCGGGAAGCCACAAAGUCUGGUCCUGGAAAUACGACAUUGUCCAAGAAGACUAAGUACAAAUCUAGGGAGAAGCAACGAAAGCAGAACAUGCAAGCGAGGAUAGAGAGAAAACGGCAACAUGCACAUAUCUUUUUAGUUUCUCUGUCUUUGUUGCAAUGUCGCUGAUAAUCUUUCUAAGAAACACAAAGUAGAUAGCCACUUGUUCUUUUUUUUGUUGUUGUUUGUUUGUUUGUCAGCAGCCACUUGUUCUUGAUGUAAAAAAUCACCGUGAGAAACUGAGAAUGUAAAGGUCGGAUUCAUGGAAGAUUAGAGAAUGAAAAGGAUGAAAAUUUCUUGGAAAGCUUCUGUUUUUAUGAGUUUUAAGCGAAAACGUGUGAGCCAAGCUAACAUGAGUUCUUCAGAUAUACAGUAACUUUUUUGUUUUAGUCGCAGUACUAUAUGUAUAUGUUAACAACUAGACUGCGAGGAAUUAGCUUUGUAAAGCACUUGUUCCCACGGUUCUUUUACUAAACUGCUGUGAAUAGAUUUUUAUUAAAUAAGCUUGAUUGCUUUAUAAAUCAUGCUGUAGAUCUAAAUAGUGAUGUGAAAAAAAAUAAAAUAAAAAAUAAAUAGUGAUGUGUGAUUCAGGGAGCGACAAACUAAAUAUUUUUUAUUCUAGAUUUCCAAUUUUUCGGAAAAAGAAAAAGGAUUGGAUAUUAGGUAGGUAAAGCCCACACAAAUCCUAGGUAGGC